GUACGGAUUCCUAUCUGGCUGGGCCCUCCAUCCAUCGCCCAACGCGGGGGCCCUCUCGAGCACCACCAAUAAAUUCGAAAACGUCAUUUGGGGAAGGGAAUUUGCGGUGUAAGCAAGGCCCGAUUUCUUUCCCUUCGCUGAUCCACACGAUAAACCUCUCUACACAAUCGAAAAAUAAGGAUGAAUGUAACUUUGAGAUGGGGAUAAAAAUAAAAUGGUGGUAAGUUGUCCUCUUCGGGACAAGAAGUGCCUUCCCAUUGUGAAUCCUUGGCGUUCUGCCCAGGCCAAAUGGGCUUGGGCCGAUGCAGUUUAGCGGCUUUCUCCACGCUCCCCUCCACCCUUCUCCUCACUGGAGCUGCUCCCAAAACACUUUUUCCUCCCCCCCUCCCAAGAAAGCCAGUACAGCACGGCGAAACGAUACCAGUCGAAGCUCCACCGCAACUCAUCCUCCGCUACUUGCCACCAAGGACUGUUCCAAACAUUACUUGCCUCAGCCACACACCUACGGUAUUCACAAGCAUCUACCUUCUCAUCGGUGUUGCAUCCUUCAUCGGUUCAAGAAUAAUAUCCAUUUUUUCGUCAGAUAAAUAACUAAGAGGGAGAAAGAAAGGGAUAGAGGGAGGGAGAGGAUAUCGAAAAGGGAGAGGGAGGAAAUAGGGAAAAGGGAGGAGGGCGCAUGAGCACUUCUAACGCACACCAGGUUCAGUAAACAACCCGGUUUGGGAGUUUCUCUCGCCGAACUCUCCACCAGCUUCCGGGCCCAGCAGCUCAUUCUUCGAGGAAGUCAUCCACACACCUUGAGCACCUCCCAUACUUAUCUCUCCUCCGUCCCUUCCAGCUUUGUCGUCAUGGCCGCUGAAUCCUUCCGAGCGCAAAUGAACUCUAUGGGGUGGUCGAGGAGGGAUGAACCCGCUAAUACGUCCGCUCCAUCUCCCUUCAUGAACAAACUAUCAUCCCUGAAUCCUUUUGGUAACGGGGGGUAUGUCCGGCUUCCUACGAGCAACUCCGAUCCCCCUCCGCAGCUUCCAGCCCAAACCCGCCAAGAGGAGGAUGCAGGAUGGUUGGCAUGUGAGUCUCAUUCCCCAUUGAUUUCAUCUUCCUAUCCUACCUCUCCCCCCUACCAUUGCUAGAUGUGGCUCAUCUGGAGGGAGAUGGUGGCGGUGUUGUCCACCCCUGCCCCCCUCCGGUGGGACAUUGAGGUAUCGAUGCUCCAGUGCCGUGAGAUAAAACCCGAUUUUCUGCAUCCACCGGGGUGUAUCAAAGAGGAAAAACGAGACAAAAAAACUAGUCCGUCUACGCGGAAGAACCCUCGCUGACCUGGAUCCUCUCCUUCCGAGCGAAUCAUAUAGUGAGCCGAUGGGAUCGUCUAUUGGUGUUUGCGGCUUGCAAUCUUGGAGCUGCAGCCUGCUUUGUUGUCUGCUUUUUCCUGUUCCCCAUACUUGCGACAAAACCCAGGAAAUUCGCCGUGCUGUGAGUGGCGUCGAUCCCUUCCGCAAACCACAUGGUCGUCCGAUAGUAUGUUCAACUACUAACUGGGUGUAUCAGCUGGACCGUGGGAUCGAUACUGUUCCUGACAUCCUUCGCGGUUCUCCAGGGGCCGCUCGCAUACGCGACGCACCUUCUUUCGACUCCAAGGUUGCCCUUCACUGCCGCAUAUUUUGGGAGCAUAGCUCUGACCCUGUAUUUUGCACUCGGGGUAUGUCUGAACCCUCCUUUACAGUUUGUUUCUCCAUACGCCUCUGAGAGUUUCGCAUGGCCUUGUCACUUGGUCUACUAUUGUUCCCGUGAGGUAUUCUAUGAUGAAAGAGGAUGUUAAUGAUUCGGGGGCUAGGUACAAUCACUUUUCCUCACUCUGAUCUCCUCGAUAAUCCAGCUCGUGGCUUUGGUGUGGUACCUCAUAUCGUAUUUCCCUAUGGGAUCAUCAGGUAUACUUUGCCACCUCUGCACCGGGCAAAAAGAAAAGUUGCUUGCCGGGAAAGAAGCAUGUUCUAACACAUACCCGCACUGCAUAGGCUUGAGAUUCGCGAGCCAACUGGGGGCUAGACGAGCUGCAGCAUGGAUGCAAGGCUAAAGCUCGAAAGGCUCAGAUCAUUUGUCGUGCGAAUGGAAAACGAAAUCCCACAGACAUUAUAAGACAUCUAUCAUACCGGUACGGUACUUGUUCACAUGGUGGAUAUUGGGAAGGAAAAAGAAAAGAAAAGAACAGAAAAGAAAAAAAUAGAAAAAAGUACCUACCUCAUGAACCGCAGGGGGAUUUUGAGACCCUUUCUUUGCCUAGCUCUGAAAUAGUAGUAAUAAUGAACAGGGUUUAUUUGAUAUAUU